UAUGGCUCGUCUGGCAGCUACGGGCGUUUGUUUCAACGCUGCAGCAAGAUGAGCCAACCCAUCAGACGAGGGCGGGGUUAGUGGGGGGAAAAAGUUUCCUGCUGCUCUACGACAACACAAGAAGAUGAAUGUUGGCGUCGCUCACAGCGAGGUGAACCCCAACACACGGGUGAUGAACAGCAGGGGAAUAUGGCUCACCUAUCUUCUACUGACCGUCGCGCUGCACGUCGUCCUGCUCAGCAUUCCUUUUCUCUCUGUGCCGCUUGUCUGGACCCUCACCAACGUCAUCCACAACCUGGCCAUGUAUGUGUUUCUACACACAGUGAAGGGAACUCCUUUUGAAACUCCAGACCAAGGCAAAGCUCGCCUGCUCACACACUGGGAACAGAUGGACUACGGUGUCCAGUUCACCUCAUCACGCAAGUUCCUCACUAUAUCUCCCAUUGUUCUGUAUAUUCUCGCCAGUUUCUAUACGAAGUACGAUCCGACACAUUUCUUCAUCAACACGUGCUCCCUCCUCACCGUCCUCCUGCCAAAACUGCCUCAGUUCCACGGAGUACGGCUGUUUGGCAUCAACAAAUAUUAACUGGAUCUGAAAACACUGGACUUCUCGUUUCGUGUUCCUGCUGGACUGUUUUCUGUUUCCAAGAUGAGACGAGUGUGGAGCGUUCUUAAGAGCGGAGAAACUUUGUGUUGUCAAAGUAAAUAUAUUCCUGAUAUUAAAUCAAAACUCAUGUUUUUGUCAAGAGCAAAGCUGCUUUCAGCUGUUCAUUCACUUUUUUUUUUUUGCACUGGCUGCAAGUUUGUAAAGAUAAGUUUCAAAUUCUUGCCAUAAUUGUGAAUUAAUCUUUUCAUUCAUUUUAUUUAUUUUUUAAUAUUAUUGCAGUGUGUAUUUACACAUCAAACACUUUGCCUUA